AAUACAAAAAAACGAACCGAACUAAUUUGUACUCCCAAUAAUAUUAGUAGGCCUUAAACUUUAAUGCCUACUGCACACUGGACGCGGUGGGCGAUAAGUGACGAGCGAUAUCCAAUAAAAUCUCUACUUUUUCUCAUGUGACUAUGCAAAGCAAAGCUCUCAUUGGACAUAACUUAUCACAUAUCAUAGCUACACCAAUCCAGUAUGCAGUAAGCGUAUAAGCCGUAAAAAAUUGAUUAAUUGCAGUCGAAUGCGAGGAGAAUAAUUGUUUGUGAUUUGUCCAUUCUUAUAGCUUAAAAGUUUAUUAUAGAUCCGGCUUAUGCAAGUCUGUGCUGCAGCAUUAUUACGAACUUUGUUCGCUAUUAUCUGACAUACAAAAGCAUAAUAAGCAUCAUAAAUAGUUUUAUAUUAAAACCACGAAAAUAGUUCGCCCGUAUAUAGCAAUUCUUUCAUUUUGAGUGAAAAUACAUCGAAUUAUGGCAGAAAAAGGUGCUCAUUUGACUGGGACUGCAUAUAUCAGGCCUUCUAUCUUUGAGAUUAUUGCACAGGAAUCGCUUGCAUCGACUCUUGAACCGGCUUUUAAAAAAAUUCUUUCGUUUCUUGUAUCUUUCAAUCUUGAGAAAUAUGGACAUAUUCUUCAAUGGACAGAUGAAGGGUAUUUAAUUUUUAAUGUAUGUCUUCAACGAUAUUACCUAAAGAGAUAUUUUGCAUCAUUUUCUGAAACAUUUUAUGGUUUGAAACGUGUCACAAUAAUCAAUUCCAAGACAGGGUUACAAAAAAAAUUAUCACAUAAACAACAAAUAUUAUCAUUAAUAAUAAUAGUGACAUUUCCAUAUUUAAAGAAUAAACUUGUGCAACUUAGUUCAAAGUAUAAACUGCAAAACAUAGACAGUACAUCAAGAAAGGGGAGGCAAAAGAUUUUCAAUAAAUGUGUCGUUAAAGGACUUUCAAUUCUUUUUGUAACAUAUGAAACUCUUGUGUUAUAUAAUUAUAUACUUUACGUAUCUGAGAAAUCAAUAUACCCAUCACUCUUGUUAAGACUACUAUCCGUUACACUGACAUACGCCGAUCCGCAAUCUGCUCUCACUGUCACAGAGUUAUUAAGGAAGAUAAAAUAUAAUUCAUUCACUGUCUCUGAUGGAUGGAAUAUACUUCAAAGAAUCAUUACUGGCUCUCUUGAAUUCGGAGCUUUCUUCUUACAAUUUCUUUCUUGGUGGAAUCAGGAAAAUUAUGACAUAGAUAUUAUGAGUCUUCCAGCUCCACCACCACCAAAGGUACCAAAUAUAGCGCAGCAAUAUAAAGGAAUUUGUCCACUCUGUUAUAAGCCUCAUCAUAUACAUACCGUGCUUAUGGUAUCUGGUUACAUAUUUUGCUAUCAAUGUAUUUUGUCAGAAAUACGGAUAAAAAAGAAAUGUCCAGUAACAUAUUAUCCUGCCAAAGAAGAUGAUUUAAUUCGUCUAUAUAUAGAAUAAUAAAUUAUAUAUUCGUGUAAUUUUUUAUAUAUAUGUUGAAUAUAAUAUACACAUGUAAAUGUUAAAAGAAGAAAAUGAGUGUUGUGAGAAGAAGUUGGGAUUUAUUCGUUUUAUAAAUAAAUUACAUAUUUCAGUUAUUUGGCAUUAUAUCUUCAAUUUAGUUGUAUUAUGUAUAAUAUAUAAAUGUGUAUCACGUAGUCCCGUGGUAGUAAAUGGUCUUCUCUCUAGUUUUAAAAUAAAAAAAAUCAAUCAUCAGUCAGUUACGUUUCUACGGGUGAAAAAAACGAGUUUGGUAA